AUGAAUCAAGAGUUAAAUGAAUUGUGCCACUUAUUAUUCCCCAAUUCCACGUCAGAAAAUGCAGACUAUUUUAACGAUAUAUCUGAUUAUAUUAGGAAAAUGGGUUCUCAGAAUUGGGAACAAAUAUCAAAAGAGCCCGAACGCCUGAGUGAUGAAAUGCGACAUUUGACUGAACAGACACAAGAGUUGGCUUUUACGAAUUAUAAAACUUUCGUCGAGACGGCUGAGAUAUCUAGAACUAUAAGAAAAGAUCUGGACAAGUCAAAAGACUCUCUUGAUACUUUUUUAGAAACAUCACCUCAGUUUGUUGAGGAAUGUGAAAAUUUCUCACGGAUAGCACAUGAUAUUGUUCAAGAUAAAAAGCAAUACAGUAAUGUUAGAAACCAGAGUGAUAAGCUACUAGAACUUCUGGAAUUACCUGCGCUUAUGAGGGAAGCAUUAAACUCUGAAGACUAUGAAAGUGCACUAGAUAUUUUCACUUUUGUACGCAAUUUAUCUAAAAGAUAUUCUAAAAUACCCAUAGUGCAGAAUACAGCAUCUGAAAUUAUGACCUUAUGGUAUGAAACCUUGUACCAUUUAUUUAAUCAGCUCCAUUAUGACUUACCGCUGCCUCAAUGUUUACAAAUACUUGGAUAUUUACGUCGAGCAUACAUAGUGUUUAAAUCAACUGAAGAAGAUAAUUAUUCAGCUGGAAGCAAAAAUGCAGCAUCAGAUGGUUUACACCUACAUUUUCUUAAAGCCAGAAAUGCAUGGUUUGAAAAAGCUCUUGAAGAUGCUAAGACAACUGAAUCACCUGAGAGGUUACUGAGGAGGAUUGUGGAGUUACACAGAAUACAUCUUUUUAAUGUAUUAACGCAACAUAAGUCAAUUUUUUUGUCAGAUUCUCAAGAGUCUAAAGUAAGGGAUGAUGAGCUAAGUGGCACUAGUGCAUUGUCUUGUUGGUUAAAACAGAAGGUCGAACAAUUAGCAAAAACAUUGAACCAAUAUAUUUAUAAAGAAGAUGAGUCAAGUUUUGAAUCCCUUUUGAAUCAGUGCAUGUAUUUAUGUUUAUCAUUUGGUAGAGUUGGAGCUGAUUUGAGAUGUGUAUUAACGCCAUUAUUCAGAAACAGUGUUAUUUCACAAUUCACAUGUGGUUUAGAAAAGGUUGAUUUUAAUUUUGAACAACAAAUGAAGUCAUACAAAGUGGCCAGUAUUAAAAAUAUUGCAAGACCAAUAAAUGAAAACAUGCAGUCUGGCCCUCCAGAAAUUUUACUAGAUUACUAUCCAUUAGCUGAAUACUGUAAUGGAUUGUUGAAUGUUCUCAAUUCAAUCAGAGUAACAGCCCCCUUAAAUAUAGUCAAGGAUGUGUAUAAUGCAUUUAAAAAAUCACUUGAACAGGCUGUUCAAAUUCUUAUUGCAUUUUACCAUAGAGAACAGCAGACAUUCACUGACAUUGAAAGGCAGAAUUAUAUGUCAUUUUGUGCCUGCUUUACUGAAGAUUUAGUUCCCUAUAUUACAAAAUGUUUAUCGACUUCAUUCCCACCAUCUCUAAUAGCUGAAAUGCUUGGUGUUACACUUACUGUUCUUCAGGAAAGUAAAAUAUUACAUAUAGAUCAAGAUAAACUAUCUCAACCUUUAAGUGGGAUUGCAAUCACUGUAAUGUAA